AGGUUAAAGAGUAAGAUUACCCAAAAUGCAAUAGUAUUCGACAAGCACCAGGCGCGGAAUAGGAAAAGUAACACCAUGCGAGGAUUCAUCCUUUUAUAUUUGGCAGUUUAAAAAAUCUAAAGACAUUAGAAAGGGUGUGAAAACAUAACACUGCAACGGAAGAACUCCGGAUUUAACAUUGGCGUUAUUUGAAAAAGCCGACAUUUUGGUCUGGUCUUUUAAAAGGCAAGACCGCGGAUUUGGCCCUCACGCGGGCAUCCUUCAAAGCUAGCGUGUUAGCUGUGAUGCUGUGUUGCUCGCGGAUCGUCUUCAUGAGUGGCUGAAGUCCAAAUAAACAGUUUGUGUUAAAUGUGUGCCUCCUAAGACAACAUGUCUGGCUUUAACUUUGGAUCAGGGACUCUUGGGGCCGCCAACACUGGCGGGGGAUUCGCAUUUGGGGCUGCAAACAGUGCACCUCCGGCCAAUGCUGGUGGCUUCUCUAUGGGGACUGCUCUUGGUGCAGCAGCCACAACCCUUGCCGCUGGCACCACCGGCACCGCUCCAUCUCUUGGUCUAGGAGGCAGUCUCUUUGGUCUGAAACCUACUGGAGGAUUCUCUUUCAACACACCUGCCUCAAACGCCGUUGCACCCACAGGCCUUACAUUGGGUGCACCAGCCCCUACUGCUGCGUCCACUGGCUUUAGCUUGGCCUUCAACAAGCCCACCGCUUCAGCAACACCAUUCUCCCUAACUACCACCUCAUCAGCCCCUGCAGGGGCAAGUUUAUCAUUUGGCUCUGUGCUGACAUCCGCAAUGCCACAACAGCAGCUUGCACCCGCAGGCUUCUCCCUUGGCCUAGGUGGCACAACAACCGCAGCAGCAGCAGCCUUAAUGGGCCCAUCACUGGGCGGAAGUCUCUUCUCCAACAAUUUGGCUGCAGGUUUGGGUCAGACCACUCUUGGAAUGGGAGGCGGGUUAACGUUGGGUUCUCUGUUAGCUGCCUCUACAGCAGUAUCGGUGGCCCCUACCCCCAGUGUUGGCCUGGGUGGAGUCGACUUCAGCACUUCCUCUGAGAGUAAGAGCGACACAUUAUCUGGAGCCAAUGCAAAGGACAGUAAAGCUUUGAAAGAUGAGAACCUGCCACCAGUUAUAUGUCAGGAUGUCGAGAAUUUUCAAAAAUUUGUGAAAGACCAGAAACAGGUUCAAGAGGACAUCAGCAGGAUGUCAUCUAAGGCCAUUUCUAAAGUCCAGGAUGACAUCAAGACCCUCAAACAGCUUCUCUCUGUCAGUGCCAGCGGUCUGCAGCGCCAAGCUCUGGCCAUCGACAAGCUAAAGCUGGAGACAGCGCAGGAGCUAAAAAAUGCUGACAUAGCACUACGUACACAAAAGACUCCCCCUGGACUUCAGCAUGAGAACACCGCUCCAUCAGAUUAUUUCCGUAGCCUGGUAGAGCAGUUUGAGGUGCAGUUGCAGCAGUACCGACAGCAGAUAGAGGAACUCGAGAACCACCUGACAACACAGAGCAGUGGCUCCCACAUCACUCCUCAGGACUUGACCUUGGCAAUGCAGAAGUUGUACCAGACAUUUGUUGCACAGGCUGCCCAGCUCCAGUCUGUUCACGAGAAUGUCAAGAUCUUGAAGCACCAGUACCUUUCCUACCGUCGGGCCUUCCUAGAAGACUCUACGGAUGUCUUUGAGUCCAAACGGGCGUCUAACAGGAAGUGGCAGAGUACGCCGCGAGUCACGACGGGGCCGGCCCCAUUCUCCAGUGUGCCCAACGCUGCAGCGGUUGCCAUGGCAGCCACGUUGACCCAGCAACAGCAGCCAACUCCAGGGACCCAGGCACCCUUGGGGGCAGGGUUCGGAAACCCCUUUGCCUCGGCAGUUGGCACUAGCUUGGGCUCUUCUACCCUUGGAGGUUUUGGUGGUGGGCCAGGAUUUGGUGGGGUGGGGACGGGGGGGUCUUCUUUUGCCUUCUCCUCCACCAGUAAGCCCACAGGAGGCAGUCUGAGUGCAGGUUUUGGUAGCAGCAGCAGCUCAGGCUUUAAUUUCAGUAACCCUGGCCUCAACCCCUCGGCCGGCCUGACCUUUGGCGUGUCUAACCCAGCUGCUGCGGGCUUCGGCACAGCGCCCCUUCUCCAGCUCAAGAAACCCCCUGCUGGUAAUAAAAGGGGCAAGAGAUAAAACCAUGGAAAAGCAAAACCCUGUGACUGACCAGCUUGCGGUUUGUAGCGGUAAGGCCUGGUCUCCCAGAAGCAUAUACGUGCUAUAAUAAUCAUUACAUCAUCUACAGAACAAAGAAAAUGUAAAUCUGAGGAAAUCAUCCAGGUGGGAUUGAGCCCACCAUAAAACAGCUACACAGGAUCCCCCAUUUAAAAUCACACGGAGGUAUAUACUGAACAAACGUUGAGAAAAAGAAAAUCCUAUUGACCAACAAGCGUUAUCUUUUUAACAAACAUUGAUCUGUAUUGUCCACUGAUUUUAUUCCAUUUCAUUUGAUUCAAAACGGCCACGUCCUAAACCAUUAUGACCUUUCAGUUGCUACCAAAUGUUGCCCACGUUCACGUGUUCCUAUUAAAUUAAACAAUUCAGUUAUAUCACUUUGGUCUUAUUAAUACUCAGCAACUGAAUAAAUGUACUAGACAGUGGAGUGUAUGGAAAGCUUUAAAAUGAUGUUUGCAUAAUUUUAAAUAUGAGUUUGAUCAUUUGCAUUAACUCAAAAAUGCUGCCUGCACAUUAUAACCUGUAGCGCUUCAAUGCUUUUGGGAAUGCCAGCCAUGGACAGAGCUAUGUCAGGUGCAAAUCGUUGAGUUAUCUGUCAGGAUUUCCUUUUGUCUGAAUAUUGUACAAGAUCAAUUUGUUUUUCUGCUUUGAGGUGGACAGUGCAGUUGCUUCACUUGUUACACAAACUGUCAAAUGCAUAACUGCUCUUGAAAGCCUGUCGAAUGAUGGUUUGGCCCAAGUCUCGUCCAAUAGAGAGAUAAAAAGAGAGAAAUGUAUGUGGUAAUAGUUGAUUUGAAACCGUGUAAUCCCUGCCCGAAGGUGUUGAUGGGGAGUAAUCUCUGAUCCGAGAUAGUUUUAUAGGCACAGGAGAGUGUCCAGGGUGGGUUUUUGGGGAAGCACAGCUUUAUUUUUGUAUCCAGAGGAGAAAGAGAUGACAUUCGGGAGGGGUAAAAGUCCACAUAACCUGUGUUGUUUUUAAUAGAUUCCAUCCUUAUCAUUGUUUGAUAAUUACUUUUUUAGACACAUUUAGCCAAGAACUUGGGAGAGGAAACUCUGUUUGUAUUACAUAACUCCCAUUAAAGUUAAGUUAGUUGAAUCUGAAAGGGAUUUCACGAGCAGGUUCUACAUACUCAAUUUAUACUUUUACUAGAUUAAAUGUGCACUUGCUAGUGUAUAUAAUCUGACAGUGAUUGUGUGACUGUGCAUGUGUGCCUAUUGCACAAGUAUGAAUUUGUCUAUGGUCUAUCAUAGUUGCUGACUUAUUUUGAAUGUUGGGGGUGGUUGGUGGGAUAUUCUGCUCUUUAAAAUUGUCUGUCUGUUUGGUUACCAAAUACUGGUAGUUGUACUAUUAUUUUCUAAUCCCAGUCUGUGUAAACCUGAAUUUUCAAGAAGCUGUUUAUUAAUAAAAUCUUGAAUAUGAUGUUUUGCCUGUUUAAGGCAUCACUUCAAUAAAUGUGUAUGUUGACACAGAA